AUUCUCAUCCCUUGUUUGCAGGAGUCAUCUGACACCUCGCAGCAUAUCUGCGCUCGAGAAUACAUCCUUCGUCUCGUAAAUGAAAGAGAAGAGUCGCCGUGAAGGAUCAUUCCGGUGAAUAUAUUCGUCGGUCUGGUGUGACUCGCAGAACGUCUCUCGAGACAAGAGUCAUGAUGAAAGCGAUUCCGCUCAUGCAAUUCUGCUUCAUAGUGAGCGUUUCAUCCCAACAGAUUCAAAACGAUGGAGAAAUUAAGCUCUGGAAUGCCCUCGGGAAUUUCGGCCAUAAACUGAGUCAAAAACUGGCUUCCUCAGAGCCUCGUGGAAACAUCCUUGUUUCGCCGCUCUCAGUCGCCACAGCCUUGAACAUGGCCCUUGUAGGCGCAGGGGGCUCAACGAAAGGGGAAAUGAUCACUUCGAUGGGCCUCCAGGGUAUCGACGAGCUGUCGCUCAGAAGAGCUUUCUUGUCGAUCCUGAGUCGUAAACACGAUAAUCCGACAGAUCCAGUGGAUCCAAACCCGCGCACAUCCUUCACUCUGCUUGCCGCGAAUCGUCUCUACAUAAGCUCUCGUUUCCCGACCCGGAAUGAAUUCAAAACGGAUAUCGCAGAGAAUUUCCUCGCGGAGGCGCUUAAUGUUGAUUUCCUGAAGAACGGCUCGCAAAUCCAGAACGAAAUCAAUGCUUUUGUCAGCGAACGUACCAGAGGACUCAUCAAGGACGUAUUGAAGCAGCCAUUGAGUCCGAGCACGAUGCUGGCUCUCAUCAACACCGUGUAUUUUAAAGGUUUUUGGACGCAUCGCAUGGACGAGGUUCCCGGUUCCUGGAUUUUCAAUGAGGGCUGUGCGGAGCUGCAAUCACAGCCUGAGAAGCGUCUGAUGGUGACAUCGAGGUACAAGUACCUCGACUCUGCCAACCUGCAAGCGCAGAUGAUUCUGCUGCCCUAUGUGAGCGACGACACCGUCGUGGAAAUGCUCAUCAUGCUGCCCCACGAAGAGCACAAGUGCAACACACAAGCUUGGUUCGAAAGAAUUUCGGGGGAAGCCCUCCGAUCUGAGAUUAGGAACAUGUCCCAUACGAGAGUUCAUCUGACUAUGCCCGCUUUCGAGCUCGACGGCCGCUACGAUCUCGAGAGAGUGUUGCCAACCAUGGGGAUGCCGUCGGCUUUCACACCGGGUCAGGCGGACUUCACCGGCAUAUCGAGCCAACGAACCAACAUCGAUAAAGUGAUCCAUCAGUCAAAGAUGAUCGUGACCAGAUUCGGCACCGAAGCUGCAGCGGCCACCGUUUUAGCGAUAACUCGCUUUGCCUCUUUCCCAUCGGUGGAGCCGAUCCCCAUGGUUGUCGACAGAUCCUUCUAUGUUUCGAUCAUUUAUCGCGUCAACAGAGAUAGCGAGACCUUCCUGCCGUUGUUCACCGGUUUGGUGCACCGGAUCUGAGAGGACUGCGACUUUCGAGCUCCGUAAUCACCGGAUCAACAGUCGUCCCCACGGAACCCGGUAAUAACUUUAUCGAAUGAUCCCUGGGCUGAAUUCUUCUUACAGCUCAGAUUUCACUCAGCGCAUCUAGGAAAUAAAACCUUUUAU